UUUGUGAGCAGAUUCGGAUUUCUGUAACAGAAAAAUAAAGUGAACAAAAUGAGCUCUUCCGGCGCCGGAAAUCGUCUCAAAACGACCGUCGCCCCAAGCCGCCAACAGCCUUCCCGCGCUGCCAAGCGUCCCAGGUUCUCGGGACCCGCCGCGGAACCCCAAUUUCCGCCGGAAAUCUGGGAGCACAUCUUCCGGUUUAUUCCCGCCUGGCAGUUGCCGCGGUUGCGUUUGAUUUGCCACCACUGGAACGCAGUCAUUUCCGGCAGCUCGUCGCUGAUGGAUCGGUGCGACGUCCGGAUUGAUGCAUCGAGACUGAAUCGGCAGAUGGACCAGCACUACGUUCCGGCCAACCUGCCGCCGUUGGUCACUCAACUGGUGGUGCGCAAGUUCACGAUCGUGUCGUGUGAUCACUGGUGGCCGGAGUUUGCCCAGUGCCUGAAAGAGUUGCAGCUGAUGUACUGCACAAUGACGGUUGAUGUUUUGUACGGGAUGUUGCGACGGGCACCGAAUCUUCGGCGAUUGGUUCUGUACGGUGCUAAGCUUUCUGGGACGGCUGAACCAGACUUCCAGUUGGACCGUUUGACACUGUUGGUGGUGUGCUGCGUUGGUUUUGAGGACAACUCGCGCAACAUUCUGGACGGAUUCGAGCGCGUGUUUCCCCGGUUGGAGGAUCUCAGACUGAAAAACAACAGCAUGCCGACGAACAUACUGCAGUCGAUCCGAACGCUACAGAAUAGUCUGCAGUACCUUACACUUCAAAGUUACCCCAACGUUCUGGACGAACUCAGCGAACUACAACAGCUGCGACUGAAAAUGUUAGGUCUCGACGUGGAUGUGCUACGCGACGACCUGGCAACGUGGACUAAGUUGUGCCGAAACCAGCCGCUACUCGAGAAUCUGAAGAUGUCAAGCAACUGCAUCCAUGUUCUCCGCGAAACGGGUCGAUUGCUGCCCAGGUUGAAGACCUUUACGUUGACCGUUCGCAACCAGAUGGUGGCGUCAUUUCUGGAAACCAUGCCGAGGUUGGAGUACCUCGAAAUCUCCGGAUGCUACGACCUGAUUAGUUUUCGAAACUACACAUCUCCAAGCUUGGAGCGGUUCGUGUUGGAAACAAUCGAGACGGAAGACCUCUUCCAGUACCUGCAACGAUCUCCGAGACUGAGGCAAAUGCGUCUGAACAACUGCAAACUGGGCUAUUGCGAAGCUGUCACCGCCAGUCUCCCCAACCUGACCUUACUGAUCCUCGAUGACCUAAACUGCCAUCCGAACAGCUGGUUCUCGCUGCUUGCCCACAGCUUCAACCUGGAAGAGCUGACCCUGGUUUAUCUCAGAUAUCUGGACAACGGAACAAUGCGUAAGAUUUGCAAAAUGUUGAAACACCUCAAGAAGUUGUCCCUGCUUCGUAUGCGCUACCUGACGGAUUAUUCCGCUAACCACAUCAUUCAGCACUGCCGGGCCCUCGAGGAACUGGAAGCCGACUAUCCCUUUACGGAGGCUGCGCUCGUUCGUAUCGAGUCCGCCCGGAACAUUCAUGUCAAGCGGCCGCGUGCCAGGUCCGACGACGAGGAUGAUGAGGAAGAUGAUGACGAGUGAAGAAAUCUGAU